AAAAAAUUAUCAAUAAUUUACACGUAAACUUCCUGCAAAGUUUUAUUUGAGAAGAUUGAACAAAAAAUGCAGGGCAUGUACAGUACAAGAAGUCCAGCUGUAAAGAGGCUGAUGAAAGAGGCCCAGGAGCUGAGUGAAGCAACAGAGCAAUACUAUGCACAGCCAUUGGAGGAUAAUUUGUUUGAGUGGCACUUUACAAUAAGAGGACCCUCGGACACAGAUUUUGGUGGUGGUAUUUAUCAUGGCAGAAUAGUCCUCCCCCCAGAUUACCCCAUGAAGCCACCUAGUAUCAUACUACUAACACCAAAUGGGAGAUUUGAGACCAACAAGAAAAUUUGCCUCAGUAUCUCAGGACAUCACCCGGAGUCCUGGCAGCCAUCUUGGUCAAUUAGGACAGCCCUUUUGGCCAUUAUUGGGUUCAUGCCUACACAUGGUGCUGGAGCUAUAGGAUCGUUGGAUUACUCAGCUGAGGAGAGGAAGAAACUCGCUAACAGGAGCAAAGAAUGGAAGUGUUCCACAUGUGGAAACAUUAAUUGUAUAUUGAAACAAAUGACUGAAGAAACGGAGGAAUCUAAAAGGACAUCACAAGAGGCCAAAGAACUGGCCAGUCAAAUUAAUUUCCAGGCAGAGAAAAAACCUGGUGAGGGAAAAAGUGAAAGCAAUGGUGAGACAACUACAUCUCAGCCUAAUGAACAGCAACAACCAAUUCCUCAAAUGCCAGCAAACGCUACAAACCCAUUAUUUAGCAGUGGAUAUCCAUUUCCCUCUCCAUUCAUGUGCAUGCCCAAUAUACCACCAUUCCAGAUGCCACAAGGAAUGGAUGGAAGUGUCAAUGUCCCCCGAUUUCCUUUGCCCCCUCCAUUUAUACCAGGAAUGAUCCCCCCAGGACAACAAAACAGUUCUCAAAAUGUCUUUCUUCAGCAAUGGCAGAUGAAUCCCUUUAUGAUGGGUAGACCCCCAGUCCCUCCUUCAAUGGUCUUUCCUGGACAGAUGUCUUCUUCUAUACCAACACAACAAGCCAUGAAUCUCCCAUCACAAGCAAUCCCAAAUGAUAUAUGUGCAGGCCAGCCUCAAGCCCCACAGGGCAAACCUCAGGCAAAUUCUCAGUCGGUGAAGUCUCAGAUGCCAAUAGCUGCCACUACAACUCAGACCUCAUCUCAAAGUGCUGCAAAUAAAAAUUCAUCAUCAUCCCCGGAAAACAAGGUUUCUAAUGACAGAGAUACUUCAGUUGAAGCCUCUUCUCAAGGAUCAGAAAAUUCUACACAGGAACCUCAAAGUUCUUCAUCAGAGGCCAAUUCCAAUCCUGAGUCUACUCCUUUAUUACCACAAGAGGCAAGCAGUGAAGCUCUGGGGACAACAGGUCAAAGGUCAGAUGAGGGAUUGAGACAGAGGCUGGUGGAGGAUACUCCCAGACAAACAGUACCAGCAGGAAGAGUGGGGCAGAGUGCUGAGCUCACAGAACAUCAGCACAGACAAUCUGGAUUAAGUAUAUCCACUGUGAUAAUAUUCAUAAUUGGACUGGCCAUUGCCAUCUUGUUGAUCAGACGAUUCUUUUUAUCUAGAAAUUGGAGGUUUUACUACGGUGUAUGAUUAUAUAUGUUUAAAUGCUUUGUGUGAUAUAACUUAUUCAUAGGGAAUGCUCUGUGUAUGGUUGUCUUAUUUGGUGAUUUUAUCUGCUGAUGAUGCAUGUAACUUUAAAUAUUGCUAAUCUUGAAUAUAAUUUACGUUUACAUGUACAUGUAUAUUAAUCUUUAUUUGUGAGGAACAAAUUUCUCGGUUAUUUAAAAGAAGCGAAUGAAUUUAAUGCAGAUGCACAUACAUGUACCAUUUUUAUUCCAAGAAUUUAUUAUCCAUAGAUUGAAGUUGUAGUGGUAAGUGUAAUACAGCAUGUGCUUUGAAUAUUUCUCAUUGAAUAUAAUUAUGUAUUUUGACCCAUUUAUGUACUGGUAAAGGUCAACCUUUGACAUGCUUGCCAGGAUGAAAUAAACAGUUGUUGAAUUGA